AUGCCCAUAAGCAAAUCAAAGAAAAGUAGUAAGCUUAAAGGGCCAUCAAAAGGUAAAUCUGCACAAACCAAGAAUAAGGAAGGAAAUCAAAUAAGUCAAUUUUUAACCAUUGCACCAGCAUUACCAGUUUUAUCUAGAGUGCCUAUAACUCAGAAAUUACCAAAACGUUCCUUCAAUACAUUCAGUUCAACAAGUUCUACUUCUCAAAUAGAAAAUGACGAAGUUGGUGGCUGCAAUAUUGUUACCUUGCAACAAACAGAAGAAGGUAAAUUUGUGGUGGCUAGCCGGAAUCCUUUGGAACGUGAAAAAAAUCCGGAUAGAAUAUGUUUGGAUAGAAGAGGUUUGACAACAUUUCCUUGGAUAAUCGAUGAACCAAAACUACGCUUAAUGUCUCUUCAGCAUAAUUUAAUAUCAAAACUAGAAAAUGAUCGAUUAGCUCAAUUAACAAAAUUAGUAUUUUUGGAUCUUUAUGAUAAUCAAAUAGAUAAAUUUUGUAAUUUUGAAUCGUUAGAAAAUCUUCGAGUACUAUUAAUGGGUAAAAACAGAAUAAAAAAAAUCGAAGGUUUGAAAGGAUUAUCGAAAUUAGAGGUUUUAGAUUUACACGGUAAUCAAAUUAUGCAAGUAUCGGGUUUGGAAGAAUCAAGUGUAUUAAAAGUACUUAAUUUGGCUGGAAAUAAUAUAAAAAGUAUUGGUUAUAAUGACUUUCAAGGACUUACUUCAUUAAAGGAACUUAAUUUAAGACGUAACAAAAUAAAGAAAUUAUUUGGUUUUGAAAAUACACCAGAAUUACAAAAAUUAUAUCUGAGCAAUAAUGACAUACAAAAAAUUGAAGAUAUGGGCAGUAUAGCAAAAGCAUUAUGGCUAAAAGAAAUAACAAUUGACGGAAAUCCUGUAAAUCUUACAACUGAAUGUAUAUCUUUUUUAGUAUCAUACUUGCCAAAUCUACAAAGUAUAUCUACAAUGCAAGUUAAUGAGCAAGUCAGAAGGACUGCAAUGGCUUGGCGAACAUUAAAAGAGCAAUCAAAUUCUGCCUUUCUAGAUCUUAACGCUCAAGUUUGCGUUAAUGUACACAGAGAGGAAGUUAUUUCAAAUGCAAAAACAAAUUGGGAGCUUCUCAGAUCGCAAGCAAAAUAUUUUAACACUCAUACAAGUAAAAUGAAUACAAUAAAAAGUGAUCAUUUAAGAGGUUCUACUUGUCAAUCAUCAAAUAUAGUUGAAAUUUCAAGAUUAAAAACUUUAAAUCAUUCAAAAUCAAGGGAUUUUGGAAGCUUAAAUGUAAUUAAUGACAACAUUAAAACUGAUAAAUCUUGUAAAAAGAAAAGCAACUCAUCUGAUAAUUUAUUAAAAACUGAUAAGUUACAUCAAAUUGAUAGACUUGAAUUUAAACUGCCACCAAUUUUAGCCCCUAUUAUUGAUAGUUUAGCAAAUAAUAAUGUUCAUAAACAUGUAAUGACUGUCACUAAAACAAAUACUUGCUUACAAGAUUCUACAGAUUCUUCUAGCAGUGAUAUAGAAUCUUCAGAAAGUCACCAAAGUCUUAAAAGUGGAUUACGAAAUCAUUUAAUAAAAUCAAGUAAACGUUCUAUUUCCAUGGAUUCUGAUAUAAACUGUAUUAAUAAGACUCUUGCUAUAAAAAAUAAUACUUUAGAUAAUAUACAUUCUUUAACAUUAGAUUCACAAUUUGAAACUAAAAAAUAUUUAAAUAAAGGCACAAAAAAUCUAUUUGAAAAUCAGUUGGAAUGUCAAUUUAAAAAAACCAAUAAUCAUUUAAAGUAUGAUUUAGUUUUUAAAGGUAGCAGCUUAGAUAGUAAUAAAUCUAUAUUUGGAGGUUCAAGUACUUCAUCUGUGUCAAGUACAGACAAAGCUAGAAUAAUUAGUGCACAGCCGAAAAAACUUAUUCCGUACAAAAGUAACAGAGCUGCAACAGCUAGAGCAAAUCAUAAAAUAAUUCCAUUACCAAGUCCUACACCACAACCUCUUCCUCUUAGAGAAAGAGAACAAGGAGGUGAUUAUUUAGUGGAAAUUGUAGGACGUUGUUUAAACAUUUAUGGACAAGGAGCCUUACGUUUUAUUGAUAAACAAUGGGAUUUUAAUAAAGCGAAUGAAAUUAAUUUUGUAAAAUUUAAUUAUGUACAUUUUAAUGGUAUAGCAACUAUUUUAAAUAAAUUGAAAACAAGAUUUCCAAAUGUUGAACAUUUCUUCUUUAAAGAAACGAAUAUCAGUCACUUGGGACAACUCAAUGCACUUGCUGAAGCACAAGGGCUCAAUAGUAUACAAAUUGAAGCUGAGGGUAAUCCUAUUAUAUCUAAAAAUUGGAAAAUAUAUGCUGUAUUUCGAUUAGCUCAUUGGGGUUUGCAAAUUAUAAAUGGAACUCAGAUUACAGAAGAAAAUAUCAUUACGGCAAACCAAGAAUAUUCUGGUUUAAUUGACAUAGUAGCAUGGUCACUACCAGAAUUUCUUUUACAACCCUUAUUACAACGACUUCAUCUGGAAAGAGUUCAAAAACGAAAUGGGGAACAACUAUCUGCCAAACAGUUUUUAUUUAAUAGUGAUCCAUCUUUACGAAACGUCGUUGCUAAAGAAGCUCUACAAUGGCGAAAAGGCAAUAUCACUCAGGAUGACCUUAUUUGGAGACAUAAAGGGAAAAUUCAUCUUUCACAUUCUAUCGAGCAAACUGUUAAUGCUAUUCACAAGUUGAAAAUCUUGGAGGCAGAAUGGCCAAAUAUCUUACAUGAAAUAAUUUAUAAUACUUUACUCGAUUAUUCAGAUAUUUGUGGAUAUAUGAAAUGUUGCAUUCGGAAUCUCGAAGAGAAUUAGUAGCUGGAUUCUAGAAUGGAAUUUAUAAAAUUAUCUAUACUUAUUGAUUGUUCUAGAUUACUAUAUUGUUACUGUUUUUGUAUAGAGGAAUUUAUCUCAAGUUAAUCAAUAAUUUAGAGAUGACUAGACUGACUUUCACAAUCACAUUA